AAGUCUGAACGCGGGAGCAUGAAAACCUCACCCUUUUGCCGUCUCCUUCUUUCUUUCUUCUUCGCGUUUUUCUGCUUUCGUUUCUCUUCCUCUCGAAUCUUUUAUCUGGAUGGGGAAAGAUCGCGAAUCUGGUUACGGUGGUGGAGGCAUUCUUCUCUCCGGCAUGCAAACUCUCGCCGCCGCCUCCGUUCUUGCCGAGAAUCCACCAGACGGAUAGGUGUCAGAGGUGGAGGAGGAGCUUCUCGGGAUUAAGUCAAAUAGCUUAUCACAGAGUUUGGAGAGAUUGAAAACCAUAUGGGUGAAUCCCUGCUUACAUCUCUCUCCAUGGAGAACCACCACCCCUCCACCCUUCUCUCCAUGGAUCCCACUGGAGGUUGCCCUUUGCUGACUGCACCACCUUCUUCUUCCCAUGAUGAUUCGGACCAUGACAUGAUCCAACGCCAAAUUGUGCUUUAUGGUCCGCCGGACAUUAACCUACCCCUCUCAGCUGAUCGAUCUCCUUGCCAGUUCGACCACUCCGAGUUGCUUGAUGUUGGCUUAGGAACACAAAUAUAUGAAGCUGAGUCCACUGUCAUAAUCCCUAAGGCUGGAUCUCGAAAAUGUAGCAAACGUGGAGAUGGCAUAUGGGGAGCCUGGUUCUUCUUCAAUUUUUAUUUCAAGCCUGCCCUCACUGAGAAAUCCAAGGGAAAGAUUAUAUGGGAUGGAUCUGGUUUUACUGGAUUCGACAAGUCCAACAUUCGGCUCGAUGUGUUCUUGGUCCAGCAUGACAUGGAAAACAUGUACAUGUGGGUGUUUAAGGACAGAGUAGAAAAUACUCUUGGGAAGAUGCAGCUGAGGAGCUUCAUGAAUGGGCACUCUCGUAACGGCGAGCCUCAGUUCCCUUUCAAUGUCGAAAAGGGUUUUGUUCGAUCGCAUCGGAUGCAACGCAAGCAGUACAGAGGCCUUUCUAACCCACAGUGUGUUCAUGGGAUUGAGGUUGUGAGUCUCCCCAAUCUGACAGUUGUUUCUGAAGCUGAUUGCAAGAAAUGGACAGAGCUCACUGGAAGAGAACUUAAUUUCUCAAUUCCCGCAGAUGCCAUUGACUUUUCAUCAUGGAGGAAUCUUCCCACCAUGGAUUUUGAGCUUGAGAGGCCGCCACCUCUGUUGAAGACGAUGACAUUGCAUCCACAUCAGAAGAAACUACUCAACGGUUCUGGAUUGAACCUGUUGACCCAGCAAUCAAAUCUUUCAGCUUCUGAAGGGAUAGACCUUCCAGCUACUGGCAACAAGCGCAGGAAGGAUUAUUUCCCUCAAGGAAUGGAAGAAGACUUCUGCUCUCCUAGCAGUUCUUAUUCAGAUAGAGUUGCAGACAUUGAAUUGCAUGUAGUAGCUGAUCCUCCAUGGCUGAAUGAGUUCAGUGGUGUCAUGAGAAAUGCUUCUGGGCCUGUAACUGCUGGAAAGACGAUAUAUGAGGAUGAUGAAGGGUAUCUUAUAAUGGUUAGCUUGCCUUUCUCUGAUCAACAGAGAGUGAAGGUCUCUUGGAGGAACACACUUACGCAUGGAAUAGUUAAGAUACUAUGUGUUAGUACUGCUCGAAUGCCUUACAUAAGAAGGCAUGAUAGGACAUUCAAGCUGACAGAUCCUUGUCCCGAACACUGCCCUCCUGGUGAAUUUGUAAGGGAGAUACCUUUAGCUACCCGCAUACCUGAAGAGGCCAAGUUGGAAGCUUAUUAUGAUGAAACUGGAGCUGUUCUUGAGAUUAUGGUGCCAAAGCAUCGGGUUGGCUCUGAAGAACAUGAAGUUAGGGUUUCCAUGCGCCCUCCUCAUCUUGUCGACCCAAUGAACUUUUGUUAAUGCAAGAAAGUUGGGUGAAGUAGAUUGGUCAAUUACUGUUGAUUACUUUGUUUCAUGCAGAAAAAUUGCUUUGUAUUUAAGAAGCUUCAAUCAUCAUAUACAGCCUUCAUAGCACUUUUUUAUUGUUUUUGGGCAUUGCGUGGGGAAAUUUUUUGGGUCAGGGUGGAUUUGAUGGUUAUGUGUUGCACUUGUUUUGAAGUAAAAAUAUUGCUCAUUCUGAUCAAA